AUGUCCCUGACAACAUGUGUGUUGCGUUUGCUGCCCUCACUGCUGCACCUUAAGGAACAAAAGAAGGAGGACGCGCCCCCCGUAUACAUGAAAGUCAUCCAGCUCCAGGAGAAAGCGCUGGGUCCUGAACACCCGGUGUUUGGACGAUGCCUCAAAAGCUCGGCGGAUGACUUAGCAGCAGCGUUGAAAUACGACGAGGCGGACGCCUUGUACCUGAGAGCUACAGACGUCCUGGAGAAAGCGUUCGGCCCCGACCACCCAGAGGUUGCUAGGGUCCUCAACAACCGGGGGAACGUGGCGGCAGCCCAGGGAAAACAUGAGGAGGCGGCCCCCUUGUGUAAGAGGGCCAUCGAGAUCCUGGAGAACGCCUUCGGCCCUGACGACCUGGAGCUUGCAUCAACCCUCAUGAACCAGGGGGAUGUGCUACGGGAACAGGGCAAGCAUGAGGAGGCGGACUCCCUGCACCAGAGAGCUACCGCCAUCCAGGAGAAAUCGGUUGGCUCCGACGACCCUACGCUUGCCGAAACCCUUCACGACCAGGCGAACGCGCUGCAAGCACAGGGCAAGUACGAGGAGGCGGGGGGCUUGUACCUGAGAGCUACCGAGAUCCUGGAGAAAGCGCUUGGCUCCGACCACCCGGAAGUUGCCCAAAGCCUGAGCAACUGGGGGGUCAUGUUAGACACGCAGGGCAAGUACGAGGAGGCGGGCGCCUUGUACCUGAGGGCUAUCGCCAUCGAGGAGAAAGCGCUUGGCCCAGACCACCCGACUCUUGCUAAAACCCUCAACAACCGGGCGUAUGCGUUACAAGAACAAGGCAAGUACGGAGAGGCGGACCCGUUGUACAAGAGAGCAAUCGACAUCAACGAGAAAGCGCUCGGCCCCGAGCACCCAGAGGUUGUCAGAAGCCUGAACAGCCGGGUGACGGGGUUGGAAGCACAGGGAAACUACGAAGAGGCGGACACCCUCCGCGUGCGCGUUAUCGAGAUCGAGGAGAAAGAGCUCGGUUCCGACAACCCGAAGCUCUCUAGAACCCUAAACGACCGGGCGAGAUCGUUGCAAGCACGGGGCAACUACGAGGAAGCGGACGCCUUGUACCGGAGAGCUGUCGAUAUCUACGACAAUGCGCCUGGUCCUGACAACCCGGAGGUUACCACAGCCUUGAACAACUGGGGCCUCAUGUUACAAGCACAGGGCAAGUACGAGGAGGCGGACUCCUUGUACCUGAGGGCCAUCGAUACCUCUGAGAAAUUGCUCGGCCCGGACGACCUGGAGGUUGCCAAGGCCAUCAACACCCGGGGUAACUUGGCAGCAGCACAGGACAAGCACGAGGAGGCGGACGCCUUGUACCUGAGGGCCUUCGAGAUCAGGGAGAAAGCGCUCGGUCCCGACGACCCUAGUCUUGCUGAAAGCCUGAACAAUCGGGUAUUCGCAUUGCUAGCACAGGGGAAUCACGCCGAGGCGAAUCCGCUCUUGGAGCGAGCCCUAGCCAUUCGGCGGAACGCGCUCGGGGAGGAGCAUGAGGACACGGUAGCCUCUUCGAAAGCGCUGAAGGCAUUGAACGCCAGCCACGGACAGGCAAUAUAGGUGGAUUGUCGGCCACGGCCUUCAACGAACGCACCGCAGCUGCGCAAGUAGGCGCUGGCGACCGGGGCCACCUGCGCAGUAAAACGUUGGCUCUUGGACCCUACGAUGACAUUCUAGCGUGCCAAGCGUUCUCUGAUGAACGCGUUCGCACUGCAGAAGAUCGUUGGCGUCUGAGAGCUCCUUCCCGCACAGCAUCACCACCGCAAAGUAAUCACAUGGUCCGGGUGCUCUUUUCUACACAGCCUCGUGGCGAGUGAUGCUGAAUCCGAGCGUUCUCUGCUGGAGCCCAUUCUUCUGACGGAGGCGGUGCGUAUUUCGCGAUGAGCCAUUGCAUAGUAGCGCAAGUUGGCAGCAAGCCUAUCGAGUGUUUCGGGGUGCCUGGACGGCCAAAGCCUGCCGCUAUUUGCUGCCGUUGCAAUCGAUUUUGUUUUUCUGCAUGCAUACCAAGAAGGAUACAUAUCCAAGUGCGUUGUUUGUCUAGGGUGUGUGUUGUUGUGUGCUAGGCUGGGAUUCAACCUGAACGAGGAGCUUCAAAGCAGAAAUCGCUGAACCCCUCGCUAGAAGCUCAGCGGGGUAGAGCUCGACGAAGGCCCGGCAUUCGCAUCCACCGGAGUGUGCGUUUAUCUGCAAGUGCGGAAGGUGUUGUGUGGGUUUUGCCCUUUUUGUGUCGUGCUUCUCGUGUCGUAGAGCUUUCGUUUGAUCGCCCUUGCGUGAGGUGGGGGGAAUCAACCAAAUUACCCCUGCCAGGAGCCAGGUACUCCGCGUGACCCAAGCGAAGUCUAACCGCAACCUUCCACGCGGGAGCGAUCAAGAUUGAGCCCGUCGUCCUCCAUUUGAGCCCAGAACGACCUUUACGGCAUUUCAGUGUUAGGAAGGGCGGAGGCUAGAGGUUUUUUUCGGGCCCUAUGCGUCAAAAACCUUUUGUUUUGUUGUGGUGAUGCCGCCCUGACUAGCUCGGCUGAGCGUGUCCCCGGGCCUCUCGCUGUUAGCCACUCGUUGUGGCCGAGGGGAAUUGCGACGUGAUUGCCAUCCUGCUCAACAGUGCUUGGGGAAGAGCAGAUUUCUGUUUCAAAGGAAUGAUCAUCUGAAAUUGUGUCCUUUGGAACCCUGCACUCGGAGGUUCGGCUCUCGGCGUGGGGGGUAGGGAGAUGCGGGUUUAAGGGCCAUGGUGUCUACCGUUCCAAUUGCCCGGGUUUCUCUGCUUGUUGGGGGGGUGUAUUUUCCUGUAGUCGACAUGUUGUGCAGAGAUCAUCAAAGGCCGCCUUGUAAGCAGAAUAACCACGCGGACCGGCGAUAGACAGGGCUAGAGACGCCCACCAAUGGCGUAUCAUUCAUUCGAUCGACAGUGCUAGUGCGUCGCAUUGCAAGCACGCUGUGUGAUCGAUAGCGGAUUUCUAGUUGGCGAUACGUGGUGGAAGGGACGUACCACCCUACCUCGACGUUUUUUUUUUUCGAUGCUCCCCCCUUGACAGAUGCUACAGUGUAGUACGGUAGUUUGCAAACCCUCCGCACGCGUUCAGCUUGUUGCACGUUCCCUACGCACACAAGGAACAACGGUGGCCUUUCCCCGUUUUUCGAACACAACCUUCGGAGGUGUCCGAUUGUCUGGGACCUUUGUUUUCUUUUUUUUUUCUCCUAUAUUUUUUCUCUUUUUUGUAUAUUUUAUUCUAUGUUGUUCGCGGGUGUGGGUUGAUUGUUUUGGGUCCAUUAUUGCCUGGUCUUCGUAUAUGUGUACGCAGUUUAUCCCCUUUGGAUUAUUGAACCUAUGACGACGGAAGGCGUCCGCAAAAUCUUUGGACGUCUACGAGUGAUAGAAAGUACGCAGCAGAGGCCCAACGAUUGAUAACGGAAAAGCAACAACAACGACGACGACGGCCCGGCAGCGUUUUUUAGGGCACAUCCCAGCGCAAGCACCAUCGUCAUAGCUGUACUGUUCGUGACCGUGGAAGCUCGUUUCCUUUUGGCCUUAGAGUAUUGGCAAACAUGAGGUACAGGGUACAUUCCCACCGCAUAACUAAGCAGGUCUGAAGCAGACGAUUUUUGUUUUCUUGCUUUCUAUCUUCAUACCCGGAAGAACAGAGAAGACAAGUGUGGUUUGUGUAAUUGUUUCCAAAAGAGACCCAUUGCGAGGAACACGAACAGAUACCAUCGCUUUCACGAACAAUAUUUUUCGCUA